AGGUUGACUUUUGGGAGAGAGUCCAUUGGUGAUCAUCAUGGUUAUAAAUCACCUGAUCAGAACUGUUCUACUGCUGGCGUUCCUAAGUACAUGUGUUGGUGCCAUAAAGCCUACAAAACCACAUUCCGUGAAGCCCAUUCCAUCGAGAGGAAGUGCUGAUCCCUAUAAAGGACAGCGUAUUGAAGGAGAUGGUAACUGUUUUUACCGAUCUCUAUCCCUCUACUUGUACGACAGCCAGGAGUACCACAGAAAUGUACGCCAGCAAAUUCUGACCUUCAUGUCGGAUCGAGAAGAUCGAUAUCAACGUUUGAUUGAGAGAAAUGUGAAUUAUCAUGAUUAUGCCAGAUAUAUAAGUGAUCAUAGGCGAGAUGGUGUAUGGGCAGAAGACGCCAUCGCUCAAGCUGCGGCUGACUUAUAUGGAAUUGACAUAUAUGUGACGCAUUAUAGCAGUAAUGGAGAAACGUCUCAACACUUACAGCUUACCAGAGCCAGAUCAGAGCAAAAUUCUCAAAGAUGGCUUCAUUUGCAGUUACAUGUACAACAGAGUCAUUAUGAGAUUAUUAAUGAUUACAGUGAAGAAGGUGUUUCAGAACCAAGUUGUCAUUCAGACUUGCUGUCUAUUCAGGACCCAGCAGAAGUAGAGACCUUAGGUAGAUGUGGCAUGGAUAUUUGUGAAAAGGACAAAGCUAGUAUACAAGAGUCAGGUAGAAGCAAACUCAUACCUGAAGAGGAAAUGCCUGAAAUAAAGGACCCUCCAAUGGAAGAGGAAACUACAAACAAAAUGUCUGAAAGGAAAGUCAUCCCUGAAGAGGAAAUGCCUGAAAUAAAAGACCCUCCAAUGGAGGAGGAGAGUAUUUAUAAAAUGUCUGAGAGUAAACUCAUCCCUGAAGGAGAGGAGAUGGAAAUAUUACACCCCCCAAUGGAGGAGAGAAACAUCCCUCACAGUAAUACACGCCUUCCAGAUGAGGAAUUGUCAGACCCACUAGUGAAGGAUACUGAAUUAACAGAAAAAAUAGACCCCUCAUCUGAGGAUAAUGUGGAUAACAUCUGUAGAGGUUUCAACGUCGUUAAAAUACAUGAAGAGGAGAAAGAUUUUGAAGAUCAACAUCAAAAGAAGAGGAUAAGGAACAGUAUUUAUCAAGUGGAAUUAAAACAGACAGAGAGCAGGCUUAUUGGAAAUGAAAGAGAUUUGACCUCAGGCAGACCUAUAGUGGAGAAUUUAGGAAGGCUGGAAGAUCUUCAUAUUGAAUUAGAAGGAGAAGCAUGUAGUGAAAUUCCUGUAAAUGAAGUCUUGCGCUCUGAUUCUGAAGAAAGUAUUGAAAAUCGAACAGACGUACGAUUGGAGAAAAAGACACAU